UUUUUUUUCUGUCCAAAUUGCACAUUUCAUCAUUGUAUUAUAAGUAAGCCCCAAAAUCCAUCAACAUUAGUUUUAAAUAGCUUCCAUAAAUCCCUUUCAUCCAAUUUGGUUCUUACAAGUUAUUUACAAAUUAUUAAUGUAUGUAUGAGUGUCGUCAUAUAGUCACGUUUGCGUAAGCGUUGGCGUGGUUUUAAAUUGUAUUAAUAAAAUGAUAUCUGUGAUUUUAAGUGAAUGAAAUAAAAAUUUAUUUUGUAGAGAUAGAUACAAAUUGCGUUACCCAUCAUAAAACAUUAAAUUGACUAACGUUAGUAUUUCUGUAAAAAAAAAGUCAUAUACAAUAUAGGUAUUAAACAAAAUGAUAAAAAAAUGACGUUAUUAGUAGAAUGUUCAAAUGAUUUAAUCAUGUUAAAGAUUAUGCUGAAUUAUUAACAAACAACAUACUAUGUUUAUCUAAAUCUAAUUUAAAUUAUCAAAUAAUAUAAAGCGAAUGAUUUAAAUUUUUAGAUAGGUUUUUAAGUAGGUAGUAUUCCUGUACCUAUAGGUUUAUUCAACGGAAUAUUGCCUGAACGCAAUAUUUGUCUGCUGCGGUUCCGCCGGCAAUGUGUCUCAGUAACAUUUACCCCGUCCCUGUCUAUAGAACGGGUAAUAUAGCAAAAAGCGUUUUCGUAUUUCCAACAGUGCACAUAUAACAGUGACUUAAAAUAAAAAUGAUUUCAUCGAUUAAAUACGAUAACAUUUAAUAUGGCUUAACGGGGGUUGAAAGGAUUUGGUGUAUUUACUGUACGGUUAGCUUCUACUGAGCUAAAAAAAAAAACAUAACAAGUUUGAUGUACGAAUAGACUAUCUGGGAAAUAGAUAUCAUCAAAAUAUUCCAGAUUUGAGAAGUCGACACUCAAGAGUAGGUACUAGUUAUCAAGUAGUCUAGGUACCCAGUCAAUAAUAGUAAACUAGUAAUAAACAAGUAUUAAAUUCAUCAAAUAAUAUCAUAAUAUUCGUAAUCAUAAUAUAGACGUUACGCGUGGAUUUAUUGUGUUUCUAAAUUAUUUUGAACAACUAAUUUAUUUUUUCCACCACUCUAAUAUUAAGUGGAAGUGGCCUUUAGGUAGGUAAUGUUUUUUAUCGUUUCGACCUUGAGCAUGAUUGUUACUUAUUCGAAUACACUUUGUAUUUUGUAUAUAAUCCAGUAUUUUUUAUCCUAUAUUAUGUUUUCGUUCAGUGCGGAAUUUUUGUUUUCUUUAAAAUGUCAUCUAUUAGUUUUCGAUAAGUAUCUAAAUAAAAUUAUUUUAUAACCGAAUAUUUUACAUAAUAGAAGAUUAAUAAAUGCAAUAAUCUAAUAAACGCAAAUCACAAUUUAUUGUUAUGCAAGGUAAGAAGGUAAAUUAAAUUUAAUUGUUCACCUAGCCUUUUUAUCAUAUUAUAUUAUGUAAUAAUUAUAUACUAUGGGAAGGAGAGGUGCUGUUGAUUUAAUACGAUUUUAUUUUUUUCUAGAGAUUAUUCCUUUAGUCAUUCGAAUGUCCUCGGAGUUUAUCAAAAAAUAAUAUUAAAUAUAAAGUAUAAUAUUAUAUAAUAUAUCUCUAGGCUAUAGCUAUCAUCACCUUUUUUCAAUACACAUUCACACACGAACAAAUAAUUGUUCGUUAACAUUAUAUUGUUGUAUGAACACGUAAACUACACAAGAAGCGAUCAAUCUUCCAUAAGACGUUAUAUUAGAAAGUUUUUUUUUUUUUCCCCCGAAAUUUCAAAGAUUUCAUUUAGAUUAUUUUAGAUACCUAUACACGCAGUUCUAAGAUGUAGAUAGUUACAUUGUAUUUAUUUCGAUGAAAUACAUAUUAUUGUGUAUACCAAUAUAUUUGUGAUGGUUCAAAAUAGCUGGUACUAUUAAUAUCUUAUUAUUAUAAUUCAUUUGAUAACAGGUAUGCUUAAGUGAUUUCAAAACAGACGAACGGGAUAUAGUAAGCAUCUUAACUGAAGCACCAUAAUCAAAAGUUAAAAAAAAAAAAUUCGCUAUAAGUACCUGUAGAAAAUAAUGAGCAAUCUCGAUCUCGUCAAGCGCGGGAUGUUUGUCUACGGGCUGCUCGCCGCGUUAAUAUUGGCCGUCGACGAAACGACCGGUAAAAACAUACUGGUUUUCGCACCGAUGCCGUUUAAAAGUCACUUCAGGGGAUUUCAAUCGUUGUUCAAAGAGCUGUCUGGCAGAGGGUACAAUCUUACCGUGGUAAGCGCGUUCCCGUUAAAAACCCCGUCCGAAAACUACACCGACAUUCCAAUAACGGUCGAAGAAAGUAUUUUACAAGGUGUCAAUAAUAUUACUAUACAUACACAUAUUAUAUACCUACUAUACGCUUUCGAAAACAAAUAUUACUGAUUACCGUAGGUAGGCGAGCCCGGUUUAAGGGAAGGAAGCCAAUACCCUGGGCCUAUAGCGUCAUCGUUUAUAUAUAGGUAUGUUUAGGUAGGUAUAUGUAUGUAGGACGGCCGCGGAUAGGUAUAAUAUACCAGCUGGUUUAUAUGAUUAUGAAAAAAAAAAAGUCCGGUAAAACAUUAUGUAGUACAAAACAAUAUUAUUACACACGAUUUAUAUUAUAAAGAGGGACCAUUUUCAAAUUUUACGAUUCGAUACUUACAAUAUCGGCCUUAAAAUACCUAUAUAUAUAGGAUACUACAGUAGUGGCGCAAAGUAUUUUACCUUGAAACACCGAUUUAAUUUUCCACCCAACCACCAUUUUUUGUUCCCUAUUACGGCCCAUUCUAGAAUACGAUACUGUUCUUUGGAGCCCGUUCACCGCUUCUGCUCGUAAUAUUAUUGAAAGGGUCCAAAGAAAAUUUCUCUGUCACGCUGCCAGGAAACUAUGCAUACUCUGUCCACCUCAUGAUUAUACACAUCACUUGUUCAACGCCUUUUAUCCCUAAAAAAUCUUGCCGAUCGUUGACAUUCAGCUAACUUAUCAUUCUUAUCUAACCUAUUUCCUCCAAAAUUGAUAACCCAGACUCCCUGACUCUCUUCCUCGUAUCUUUUUUAAGAUCCCAUCUCGUUGUACACGGCCUUCUGUUCUUUUUCAUAUCCCAUUCUCUUCAUCUAACUACUAUCUCAACUCUCCAAUCACUCAAUUCACAAAUCUUUAAAUUUAUUAUUCAAUUUUCAAAUAUUGUAUAGGUAUUUCUGUUUUAAAAUAUAUAUUAUGUAUCGUAAUAAUAUUGUGUAGGUAAUCCAGUUAGGUUUCAUUUUGUAAAAAUAACGGGACAUUACAAUAUACCUAGUAUUGCUUUAUAAUAUUAAUUUUAGUGCUUAAUUAAUUAAUUAAUUUAUUAACAGGUUAUCAAUUAAUUUUUAUCUAAACUAUAUUACGUAUUUAUUUUGUAUUUUAGUUAUGACUAAUUCAAAUGAACAUAAUUUAUUUUUAAUUCAUUUUUACACAAAUAAUCAAAUUUAUAAUAGUUUAAUAAAAUCGUAACUUUUUAACUACAGAAUAAUUAUACACAAAAUUUGGAAAUUUCCACGAGUUUUGUCAAAAUUUGAACUUUAAAUGCUUAUUUAACAAAAACGUGUGUUUAUAUGUUAUUUUACACCCUUAUGUUGUUCAGUAUGUUGAUGUACGAUAAUUUGGCGCACGUAAACAGACGAUGCGCAAAUGAUUUACGGCCAUUUUAUAUAUAUAAUUUUGACAGUAUAGCUGCUCUGGGGAUUUUUUUUUUCCGCGAUUCGGUUUGUCCCGCUUAGUUUUGUAACAUCAUUUUCUACAUUACUUUUCUAUUGUUAUACGAUAUAUUUAAACUAUCAUAAUUCAUGUAUUUCUCAUGUUAUUCCUGGGCCCGGUAUGGCGGUAUGUAUUAUAUUAUUAAAAAUAAAAAUAAAUCAUAAUAUUAAAUUUACUCGUAAUUAUUAUUUAUAUAUAUGUACAUUAUAGAUAUCGAUCCGAUGGUGUUGGCCAGCCACAGUUUCCUGACGGUAGUGCCCGGCCUGUGGAAGCUGUCAACGGACCUGGCGCCGAAAAUACUUUCCAAACCGGAAGUGCAGCGGUUCAUCCGGUCCGACGGUUACCGAUUCGAUCUGGUCAUGGUGUUCCCGUUCUGCCAAGAGUAUUCGGUGGCGCUCGGGCAUAAGUACGGCGCGCCGGUCGUCAAUCUGGGCGUUUCGAUGCUGUGGCCGUCCAACAGCAAAUGGAUCGGCGAACCGUCCACGUUUUCGUACAUACUCGACCAGCGGGUCGGCGCCACGGACCGGAUGUCGUUCGCGGAACGGUUCAGGAACACCGUCAUCGGCGCCACCCAGCUGUUCCUAGAGGACUAUUACUAUUUGCCGUUACAGAAACGCAACAUGGACGCGUAUUUCCGGUACGCCGGCCACGAGUCCAGGCCGCCCAUCGAAGACAUGCUGCGCAACGUGUCGGUCACCCUGUUGAACGCGCACUACAGCAUCGGCGCGCCCCGACCCUAUUUGCCCGGAUCGGUCGAAAUCGCCGGACUCCACGUGAAAGAACCGCGGCCGUUGACCGGUGUGAGUAUGACCAUUGAUUGCAAUCAAUGGUAUGACGUAUAAAGAAUAUUAUAAUGUAUAAAUAAUGAACAUUUUAUUGCGAUAGGUUAUAUGUAUAUAUAUAUAUAUAUAUAUAUAUUCGUACCACUGAUUUUGUAUAUUAAUAGUAUACAAUAGUAUACAAUCAAUGUAUAUACUUGCGUAUAAUUUUAUAGGGUUCUAUACAAUUGCGUGAAACUUAAGUAGGAUAAAAGGUUCCGCCGCCACCGAAAUCCCACCGGCCACCGCAACCACCGCCUCCGAAAACAGUGCUAUAUACUUAUAAUGAUUAUAUCAUUAUAGAUUGCUCUCAAUUGAGAGGGUUCUUACAAGCGCACGAAAUUUCCUAACCACUCACGACCGCUGUACCUAUUGUAAUAACACGUUAGCAUAUUUUAGCACAUUUUCUAAAAGUAAAUCUGACUGGGGAGGUACUAUGGAGAGAUCAUUUUUUGAUAUUUAAAGUUUUCCCAAUAAAUGUAAAAACUGAAAUAAAAACGGAGAAAAACCGGGAAAAUAAGUAAAAUAUUUAACAAAUAUUAUUAAAGAAAAUAUAUAAUGCCUAUUUAAUUAUUUUACCACAAUAUGACAUAUUGUUGACAAAGCAACACUGUCAACUGAACUCUACUCAGAAUCGUUUUUCAAUAGCAAUGGUUUAUCGUUGCUUAUAGUUAUACAUUAAAAUUCUCUUCUACUACCUUCCCAACUUUUCACCUACAACAGAAGCUGCACCCAUGUGCGAAGUUGCCUAGCUAUCUUUCGUUUCAUUUUCUACUAUGAUCCACCGAGGAGAAACUUCGUCGUACUUAGAGAAAAUAAAAGGAACGAUUUUCGUGCUUUGCUUAAUAAAGUAGAUAUCACCACAAAAUUUAAAUUAUCAAAUAGUAUUUUGGAUGUGAUUAAGAGAAAAUGUAUUUCGAUGCGAUGCUCGAUGCUUCAUGAUUUAUUUAUUAUGUCAUCAGACAUUUCUAAACAUUGUAAUCCGGCAGUUAAAAAAAAUGUUUAAACCAGAAAAGUACUAAUUAUAAUGGACUUUACAAAUGGAAAAAUCAUUGACCGCUUGUCGAAAGAACUUACCUACUCUAGUUUGUUCGCUGUAGAUCAGCUAAUAGAACGAGUACAGGUAAAGUUGAAAGAAGCUCUUAAGGCUUUAAUCUUACAAAUGGACAUUGGCAAUACCAUCUUUAAUGUACAAUGAUCCACACAUGAACCUAUACUGAGAGUCUAAGAUCAUACUUUUAUGAAAUGUCGAAGCAUUGUUAUCGAAAGUCAUAAAUAAAAUAUAAGGCCUUGGGAUAAAGUGUUAUUAAAUAUAAAAUAAUAUUGAGCCCGUGUAAAAACCGGCCGGGCGCAGAUAGACCACAUCUUAUAGCGGCCGGUAGAUCGUAUAUUACAUGACAGCCCUGUAAACAUCUACUCAUAGGCACCGAACGGUCCUGAUCGAGCACGUUUAGCUGUUUACAAACUAUAAAAAUAUAUACAAAAUUAUUCGGGUAUUAUUGUGUAAAACACAGUGCUAAACCAGAGAAACAGCUUAUAUUUAGAAAAAAAAAUUUAUUUUCAAACAUUUCAUAAACUUAUAACGCUGUAUACAAAAUUGGCCAAACUAUUGGCUGUCUUCCGGUGGAAAAAAAAUGACUUGGACCGUCGUUCACCAUAGUAUUAGGUACACGCUACACCGAUGAUUUUCCAUGUUUUCACAGAAAUAUUUGGAUUUCGUCGAGUCGGCCGCCGACGGAGUGAUAUAUUUCAGUUUCGGCACAAUUGUGGACCCGUCCAGGCUACCGAAUUCGACCAUCCAAAUUUUCAUAAACGUUUUGAAGAGACUGAAACAGAAAGUCAUGUGGAAAUGGGAUUCGGUAGACUUGCCGCCGUUGCCCGAUCACAUAAUGGUCAGCCCUUGGUUCCCUCAGCCCGACGUUUUGGGUAGGUACCUAUAUAUUAUAUAUGUAUUAUGAUAUACCAAAAAAAAAAAAAAAACCCGUAAAUGAUUUCGAAAAAUGUACAACGAUUUUUAUGUCACAGGUCACCCGAACGUCCGUCUUUUCAUCACGCACGGGGGGGUGCACAGUCUCGAAGAAGCCACUUACAACGCGUUGCCGAUCGUGGGCGUUCCGUUUUUUGGCGACCAAUACACGAACAUGCGACUGGCCGAACGUAACGGAAUCGGGAAAAUGGUGAGCCACGACGGACUGAACGAAGAGACGAUGUUGUCCGCCAUCGAAGAGGUUCUCACUGACCCUAAGUACGUGAAAUUAACGAGGUUGCCCGAGUGCGUUCCGAAAUGAUUCUUUUCUAAUGUCCCGAGUGCGUCUGGAAUAUAAUGGGCAGCAUAGACAAAACUAAGGGGGUGCUGGGGGUCUUUAGUAUCCCAAGUUUAAAGUUAGCACAAACAAACGAAUUAUCAAUAAAUAUUUUAUCUUAAACCAACGAUAAAGAAAAACGAGUCAGAAAAAAUAAUUCCCGGAUGAUACUAUUGAAAAUAAUUCAAAUAUUUAGAAAAUAUAAAAGACAGACAUAUUUCGCCACAUGGUUGGAUCACUGUUGUAAGUGAGAAGUUAGGAAGGUAGAGGGGAUAUUUAAUGUAUAUCUGUACGCAACGAUUAGUUAACGAAAAACGAUUCUGAGUGAAGUUUAGUUAUUAGUGUUGUUUUGUCAACAAUAUAAUAUACAUGUCACAUUAUGGUAAAAUAACCACAUAUACAUUAUAUAUUUUCUUUAAUAAUAUGUGUUUAAUAUUGUUUCCAUUUCCCCGUAUUUUUCCUGUUUUCACCAUGUUUUCUCAUUUAUUGGGAAAACUGAAAAAAUAAAAAAAGAUUACUUCCUUAAAGUACUACCCUAAUUAGAUUUGCUUUCAGACGAAUUGCUAAAUCUGUAAAUUAGAGUAAAAUUGCUAAUAGAAAAGUUAUCUGCAGGAAAAAAAAUGUAACCAUUAUUGUUAAACUAAUACAUUCCUCGCUCCACUCAGAAUAAAAGAUGUAGUUGACUAUUGUAAGAGCCGUGUAAAAAGGAUUGUGAGCAUAACACAUCUUUGAUGUGUCCAUAAUUUUAGCACCCCCAAAUUUGGUGGUCUAGUUGCGCCUAUGAUGAUGGGAUUAUCCGAUUGCAUCCCAAUAAAAAAUAUUAUUUUUUAACGUGGCCCGAAUGCGUCCUAGUUCAUUUAGAGGGUGCACCACGAGGAGUUGAACUAACUUAAACCCCAAAAAUAUUAGGUUAUUUUAUUAUCUAUUAUUGAUUACAUCCAUUUAGAUUGGUGGAGUGUUAUAAAAUAGAUACAGAAUAUUACAUAGUCUUUAGAGAACAUAUAUUAUAUAACGUAUUUGAAUUUGUUGGCACAUGAAAACAUAACAAUUUUUACAUUUUUUUGGAAAUUUGAAAACAACGGAACUACACUCGUUUACUAAAUAUAUCUUUGAAUUACAAAUUAUUUUUCAGGACCCUUCAAAAAGUGUUUAAAUUUUAAUUCGCCUCUGAUCUAUACUAUAUUAUACAUCCCUCUGACUGCUUCAUUCUUCUAGGUGAAUUUUGACCAAAGGCAGUAAUUAUACAAUUUUUAUUUGCGUCUUUUUUUAUUUAUAUUAACCAUGGCUAUUACACGUUUCUCCGUGCCGUUUCUCAUCGUCUAAAUAUUCCCUGCCCCAUACCCCACGACUACUCUCCUAUUCUAUAUAAGCUGGGCCUCCCAAGCUUAGUAGACCGUAGACAGAUAAAUAACAUUUUUUUCCUUUCAAAUCUCCUUAUUGGCAAAAUAGAUUCACCUGUUCUUCUAUCCCUCGUCAAUUUUAAAGUCCCACCUCAUCGCACCCCAUGCUCCAUUUCAUAUUCCCCGCUUUUCUACUAGUUUCAUUCAAAACUCUUCCCUAAACUUUCUAAUGAGAACCAAAUAAUGACCCAUCCUUUCAAUUAUAAAACAUAAAACACAAAAAGGAAAAUGCUAAGCAAUGUAGAAAUAGUAAUAGUCAUAGGAAACAAUAGUACCUACCUAAUAGAGUUAAAUAUUAAGUGAUCGCUAGAAAUCCAUAGGUCUAUUAUAAGUGAAAUAUAUGUUUGAUAUAAAAACACACAAUGUAAACUGGGCUUGUCCGGUAUUUUACAAUAAAUAAAUAAAUAAUAUUUAAUAGCCAAUAGGUAUAUAGACAUGUGGUCCAGUACCACAACGGUAUUAUAACGGCGUACCUGAUUAUAAAUGAUUUAUUAGAUUAUUUAUUUACAUUCCCCGUAAUAAUUGACCGCAGGUACAAAGAAAAUUCGAAGUUACGAAGCGAAAUAUUCAAAGACUACCACAUGAAACCGAUGGAUCGGGCCAUCUACUGGGUGGAAUAUGUUCUCCGUCACAACGGCGCCGGUCAUCUAAAAAGUGACGGUUCCACGCUCAGUUUCGGCAGUUAUUUUCCGAUAGACGUUUGUUUCGUCUUGAUCGUCGCGAUCGUCUCAUGUGUGUUACUAAUCGCGAAAAUGGCCAAAUACAUUAUCGGUAAAGUCACCGGUAACAACAGAAUCGAUACCGCCAAGAAGAAAAAAUGAAAUCGUAUAACAAUAAGUUAUACCUACCGGAUAGAUCCUACUCUAUAUGUAUUAAGUAAUUGGAUAUUCGUUUAUGAUUAGUAUUUGUAUUACUUUUGCAUUUUAUAAAUUUAAAAAAAAAUGCAUACGACAGGAGAUGGGCGUUGACGAGUAUAAAAAGUUACCAAAUUUAAUUUUAACUUUUACCUAUUAAUCUUUGGUUUAUAAUUUUGAACUAAUUUCUUUUACAAAUACAACUGAUAAUAAAUAACGAAUUAAAUUUGAAUUAUAUCACGUUAAUCUGAUUUCAAUAUAUCUUAUAUAAAUCUUAUGUAUUUUCAAUAUAUUAUAUAUUAUGUAUUUAAAAUAUAUUAUGACCAGCUCGAAAUGUGAUAGAACCUCUUUAGAAAACCAAAUAAUGUAGUAAUAAAAAUAUUUGAUUAAUAACUGGCUUAAAAAAGAAAUUUUACACAGCUGGCUGACACGUAGAAAAAUAAUUAUAUUAUUUACAAUCUGUAUACUAUUUAAAUAGGUUAUAAGUACCUACUUAUAUACAAUGUCAUGAAAACACUCGUUUUUAUUAGAUGCUGAAAUAUUGUUUUUUUUUUAGUUUCCUAAAG